CUGCUCCGCUUCCGUUGGGGAGAGCACGUCAAAUUCAUCCUUCGACUUCAACCAGAAGUUGGACUCGAUAAUUUCGAAAUUGGAGGACCUCACCAUUUCGAGUGAUGUGACGUCAGCCGAGAUUGCCACACUCACGCGAUCUCUUAGUGCAGCCAGCAGAACCUCUAACAUUUCUAUCCAGAGCUUUCACAGUGCUGAGUUCCGAGCUAAGGCCAAACACAUUGUGAAUGAGACCAUUCUCAGAGCUGCUAGCAAAGCCAGCCAUUCUUUGCUACAGAGCAUGCCUAGCACCACCUUCUCACACCAUGCGGUUUCUACAGCCGAAGAUAUAGUAAAUAUUAUCAUGCAAGACCUUGAAAGUGUAUCCCAGUACACUGUGGACGACGCAGACUCCUUCCCACUAGGAGAGAAAAAGCUGGAGUUCCAGCUCAAACCCAGAGUUGUCUUUGACAACUUAUUGGAUGCUGCUCAAACCAUGUACCACAGAGUAAAGGAUAGACUGAACAUCUUUUUCUCUUUUCCACCAGUGUCAGUCACCACAGCCAAAUAUGUGCUGGACUCCACCCCUGUGGAGACACUCAGACGUUCUAAGUCCGCUGACACUGCUCUUGUUGAGGACAGGAGCCGCCCUCCGUCUGUGAGAAGUGAGAAGCCUUUGUCAAAAGUCUGUUUGGCUAAAAGGUCUAAAACCCUUCUGUCUUCGAGUGGCUCUUCAACAGACCACCAUGUAAUUGACACAUGCAGUGAGGAUGUCACUCUGCCCACCAGGAGUAUGUCAGUUGUGAGCAACAACGGUUUGAAGAGAGCCUCUCCUCUCCACGGCAGUGGAUUGAGUGAAAGUUGCAAACCUCUUGUGGCUCUAAAAGACGUAACAGUGGCAGUCAGCCAAGAAGGCUUUAGCAAAACUGCAAAGAAGACGCUCAGCUUGAUCCUAAAUGUGAUCAAGUGUAGAGUGGCCAACUCUGAGAGUUCAUCUGUUGGGCAGAUUGCAAGUGAGGAGUGUCUGAUAGCCACUAACAUGGAGAGCCUUGACCAGUUGCCUGACAUGAGCGCUGCCGAUGAGAUCACAAGGACAGAAUCCCAUACCUCUAUCGCAAUGGACGAGACAGGUUCACGGUCAACGCUUGUGAGCCAACAAGAAAUAAACAUAUCUGACACCAAUAUCAUAGUGAAAACUAUAAUGGGCACAUUGAAGACGGACGACCCAGAGAUGACUUCAGCAGAAGAACAUCUGGAUAGGCUCCUGUCAGUUGAAGCCCUUCAAGGUGCAUCUGGCAACCUGAUCGCAAAGGUCCAUGGUCUCAUUCAGGAGAUAACCAUAAACCGUCAGCUUCAAUCCAUGGUUGGCCACAGAAGCCUCUCUCAACCAGCGCUGCCUAAACCAGCCCUGAGGAAGCUGUCAAAGGACGAUGCCUCAGAGCUCAUUUACAACUUUGCCCAGACUUCUGUUAGGAGACUCCUGGGGCAGUGUAUGGGAAGGCCUUUGCCACCAUCAGCUGAAAUGGUUUUGGAUCAGGUCAUCAAGUUGAUGACAGACGUGGUGAUGGACAGCCUGACUUAUGUGUCCAAGUCUACAAUGGAGGAUGACACCAGCAAUGCCACAAGUGACAUCACUCAUGGUGUUGUAGCUGACCUUAAUGCUACUGAGGAAUUCCCUGCCAGGAGCCUUAGCCCGGCUGAUGUAAAGGCUGACGGCAUGGCCCGCCUUCCCUCUGCCAGAGGGGAAGAGACUAAGAAGAACAGGAAGUGGCGUUUCCUACCGAAAAUGCAUAAGUUUCCAAAGAUCAUGAUUAAGCUGUUCAAGACAAAAGGGGAACCGAAGAGCCACCCUAAACAGGAUGCACUGCCUACCAAACGUCUCAGAGAGACUCAUAUUUCACAGGAUGCUGAGUGUGAGGUUCCAGAGGUUCCAUCCACUUCCCCUCCCAAGGAGGACCUGACAACCACACCGGCCCCUGCUCCCCAGGAGUCCCAGUCCCGUAAACGCCCACUCAUAGUCAGGGUGUUACACGCUCUCUCCAGAGCCAUCUCCAAACCAUUCAGAGGAGCUUCUGGGAAGAAGAAUUAGCCAAAUGCCUGAUUUUAUUAAUAUUAUAUUUUAAUCAGAGCCUUUAUUUAAUAAAACAUUACUGCAUUGA